AUGAUGAUGCUGAUGUCGCCGCCACCGUCCAACUCUUUAGCCGACGACGACCUCACCGAGGGCACCGAUGUGCUCAAGUUGAUAGGCAAUGUGAUCGACCGUCUCAAUUGCAGCAGUGACAACGGACGUACCGCCACAGAGGGCUCAGUUCAUUCGGUGCUGGCCGACUGUAACGCAGUCGGAAGAUCCGUCUGUGGCCUCGUCAGUAGUUCGAGAGCUGCCGAUCUAGACGGCGUUGGCGACGUCUGCCCACCUGACACCACUCGACCUGCGAGUUUCUCCGCCGGACUCAUCGUCACCAGCUCUAACCUAAACAGUGUUUCGACAAGUGACUGCCUUCUCGGAGGCAGCGGUACUCCAGUUUCAGAGGCCACUCUGCGGUCGGCCAAGCCUUUGUGCUUUUCCGGGGUGCUUGAUUCACACUCUCUUGGCAUCGGCUCCCAACUGCCUCUGAGUCCUGCCUGCUCACUUCUCUCAGCUAUUCCAGGCGCUGAACGUUCUCUGUCCAGUUCACUUGGUCCUCACGAGCUGCAGAAUUGUCUUCAGUCUGAGCUCACUUUGCCUGAGUCCUGCCAUCGUCUGCCUAUUUCGCAGUCGUUUAGCUCGACGGCUUCGCCAGAUCCAUCUCCUCGACCCCUCUCUGGAACACCCGCCAUCCAGGUAGGACUCCUGCCACUUUUUUUCUUUUCUUUACCUGAUCUCCUUGCAUAG